CAGAAGGGAAGGGACGCCACCCUGUAGAGGUCGACCGGUCGAGGUUGCUCACCGUCACCGCCGUCUGCAAACCUCGCAGCCGCAGCAGCGUGCUCCAUGGCGGACGCGGCUCGCCUCUUCCUGCUGGUGGCGGUGGCCGCCGCGCUCGCCGGCCGCUCAGACGGCGCGUGGUGCGUGUGCCGCUCGGACCUGGGGGACAGCGCGCUGCAGAAGACGCUCGACUACGCGUGCGGCGACGGCGCCGACUGCAAGCCCAUCCUGCAGAACGGGCCCUGCUUCGCCCCGGACACCGUCAGGGCGCACUGCUCCUACGCCGUCAACAGCUUCUACCAGCGCAACAACCAGAACGCGCAGGCAUGCGUCUUCUCCGGCACCGCAAUCCUCUCGAACACCGACCCGAGCGGCAAUGGCUGCACUUACCCUGCGACCCCAAGCGCCGCUGCUACAAGCAACGGCGGUUCGCCCGGCGUUGACAGCCCCCCGACGAUGGGCCCGUCAGCCCUCAACGACAACAGUGGCGCUGGUGUCCUCCCGGUGGCUGGAGUCGCCGCUCGGCUGGUGAUCCUAGCCUCCUCGCUCAUGGCUCUCUACCUGAGCUCGUGAUCACGGCGCCGAGACGAGACGCCCAUUUGCCGGACUGUGUCGGGCGUCUUGUUUGUUCAACUUUUCUUCUAGUGGCAGGCAGAGGGAACCCUAUUGAUGGCGCUGCGUUCAGGCGAAGAACUGCAUUGUGGUUGCUGCAAUUUCCAUUCACUUUUCUCUGCUGUAAAUCUUAGAUUGUAGGAGGGAAAUGUCGUGUUGGCUUGAGGACAUGGUGUUUAAUCGGGUGUUUAGGGUCGAUGUGUUAAUUCUUAUUGCUUUAUU